AUGAAGAAUGAUUCAAUUGAAAUCACUACUAUCUGUCCAGAUGUUGAAAAUUCUCAGUUCGUUGUCCAAAGCAACUGUCCAGAGACUAUCCCAGAGAUUCUAAAGUCUCAAAGUGCCGCUGCAAAUAGCAGCGGCAUCGCUUGCCAACAGCGUAGUUUACCAAGGAUUAAAAUUUUUGGAACUGGUGGUACGAUUGCAUCCAAGGCCAUAGACUCGUCGCAAACGGCCGGUUAUCAUGUCGACUUGACCAUUCAAGAUCUCUUAGAUGCUAUUCCAGACAUAUCGAAGGUCUGUGAUAUUGAAUAUGAGCAACUGUGCAAUGUGGACUCCAAAGACAUAAAUCAGGAUAUUCUUUACAAGAUCUAUAAAGGGGUUUCAGAAUCAUUGCAGACUUUUGAUGGUAUAGUCAUCACCCAUGGGACAGAUACGUUAUCUGAAACCGCAUUUUUUAUUGAGAGUACUAUUGAUGCUGGAGAUGUUCCUAUUGUGUUUGUGGGUUCGAUGCGUCCCUCAACCAGUGUUUCUGCUGACGGACCUAUGAACCUAUAUCAAGCAAUUUGCAUUGCUUCAAACCCAAAAUCUAGAGGAAGAAGUGUUCUUGUCUCCUUAAACGAUCAAAUUUCUUCUGGUUACUACAUUACCAAGACGAAUGCAAAUAGUUUGGAUUCUUUUAAUGUUAGACAGGGUUAUUUAGGUAACUUUGUUAACAAUGAAAUACAUUAUUAUUAUCCUCCUGUUAAACCCCAGGGUUGCCAUAAAUUUAAAUUGAGAGUCGAUGGUGACUGUUUCAAUUUACCAGAAGUUUGCAUUUUGUACGCCCAUCAAGCUUUUCCAUCAGCUAUCGUCAACUUGGUGGCAGAUAAAUAUGAUGGUAUCAUUCUUGCCACAAUGGGUGCUGGUUCAUUACCAGAGGAGGUCAAUGAAACUUGCAUGAAGUUGAGCUUGCCAAUCAUAUAUUCCAAGAGAUCAAUGGAUGGUAUGGUGCCAAUUGCGAACGUGCCAAAGAAGGGUUCGAGCGCUAAUAAUCUCAUUGCUUCUGGUUAUCUAAGUCCCGAAAAGAGUAGAAUUUUGUUACAGUUAUGUUUGGCAGGUAACUAUACGUUGGAGGAAAUUAAACACGUUUUCACUGGUGUUUAUGGUGGAUGA